AUGCCGGGAAGAACGGCCGGACUCGGCGGGUUUGCUCAGGUAACGGACUGUUUGUACAUCGGCAACAGCAGAGCGGCAGGCGACUCUUCGCUCGUCCGUUCUCUGAACAUCACUUGCGUCAUCAACGCGACGCGGGACGCGAGCGGCGCGAACGUUCCUGGCGUGGAAUACGUGCACGUGCCCGUCGCCGACGACCCCGAAUCCGGACUCGGGGACUAUUUUGACAGCGUUGCUGACGAGAUACGGCGCGUCGGCGAUGGAGACGGACGCGUGCUGCUUCACUGUAAGGCGGGCGUCAGUCGCUCGGCGGCGCUGUGUCUGGCGUAUCUGAUGAAACACCGCCGCCUGACGCUGGCGGAGGCGCACGCGCUGCUCAGGUCGCUCAGGCCCAUAGUGAGACCUAACGGCGGCUUCUGGAGGCAGCUGAUCGAGUACGAGCACAGAUUACACGGCAAGAACACAGUCAGCAUGAUCGACUCGCCUGUGGGACCCGUUCCAGAUCUGUAUGAGAGAGAAACGAGAGGCUUGAUUGCGCUUUAGGAAAUGAACUACUGACCGUCAUACAUUUGCCUUUCCUGUUAUUUCAUUCAUAUUUGAAUGAUUUUGGACUAAUGUAUUACAUGUUUCUCUCAAAAUGUAUCACGGAGUGGUGUUUCGGCCAGAAGCAACAGUUUACAGUUAAAACGUCCUUUUUAGUUUCUUACAAACACAAAAGUUCUGGUUUCACAAGAUGGUACCAGAUGGAUUGGAGUUGUGGAUUACUUAUAGAUUAUUGUGAUGGUUUUAUCAGCUCUUUAGAGUCUCAUUCUGACGGCACCCAUUCACUGCAGGGCAUCCAUUGGUGAUGUAACUGACUUUAUACAUUCACUAAAUAUCUUCUUUGGUACCCGAUUAUUAAAAUGAUUUCAAAUACUGCUUAAAAAUGGAGGUUAGUUUUGAGUAAGCUCUAGCAUCUGCCAAAGCCACCUGGUUUGAUAUUUUUGUUGGCCAAAAAUGAAAUUCAUAUAUUUUAGUCUGGCUUUAAGUGUUCCAAUAUAUUUUGAGCCAGUGUAUUAUCAAAGAUUUUUGUGGUUUAAACAAGAAUGUUUUUUUAUUACCAACAAUAUCCGUCAACAAAGUUCUCUUGUAAGUUCUGAAAGGCUAAAACAAAAGUGCAUCACUGUGUUUGGGGAAAAUAAACUUGAAUCCGAAAUCAACAUCUCAUACACUGUAAAAUAUAUCAUAAGUUGUUAAUAAAGAUUAUUAGAGUUUAUACUAUGGGGCCACUGAAUGCUUGAAUGUGAUUGGCUGACAGACAUUUAAGGCGUGCGAUUAUUUUCAAGGAGAACGUAAUUCCAGGCAGCUCUUUAACCGCAUUACAAACAAAAACUCGACUCUUCUGUAGUUCUAUUUUGUAGUAAGGCCAGCAGAAAAUGAAAAGUUGUGAUUUUCUAGGCUUAUGACUAGGAACUAUACUAUAUAUUUGCUGGCGUACCAUUGCUUGUGGAAAAUAGUCCCCAGCUUGCAAGACAAGCUCCUUGUGCAAGAGGGUCUGGGUUUUUUCAGAUGAUGCUCUGAUGAUUUUAUCAUUGACAUUAACUGAAGAACAGCUUGUUUUCUCACAAGCGAGGAAGCAACGUUGCUUGAGAUGUGGAAGAAAUAAUCCUACUCACAAUAGGUUAAGUACAAAAACCUGACAAAUACCUUGAAAUCAACAUAAUUGGGAGAAAGGUUGAUUCAUAAUACCUGUUUGUUAAAGCAUGUAUUAUCUUAUUAAAUUACAUAUUUAGCAUGUUUUUGUGUUUGGAAUGUGUGUAUUUCCAGCAAUAUUUUAUUAGACUUGCACACCCUGUACGUGAAUAUUUGAUAUGUGGAAAUAAAGUGACUGGCACGAA